AUGCUUCUGAUAACCGUGAUGGUGGUACUUGCUAUUAUUCUUGGUCAAAAACUGUCUGUUCCACCUUCUUGCAGUACUGCUUGUUGUGGUCGUGAUACUCUUAGUGCUAUGGUUGCUGGUUGUACUGCUUGUAUUGAUUAUACGAAUAAAGAUGCUUCUGCUUAUUGUGUUCGUACUGCUGACACUGUUUAUAUCCUCAAAUCUACUUGUAGUAGUAAUCAUUAUAGUGCUGGUGAAUGUCGUCAGUGA